UCACAAAACGCUGUCUUGUUUCAGGUGAAAUAGAUCCUUUCUUUAUCUGACGUCAAGUGACUAGAUUAUUGUUUUCCUCAGAAAGACUCUUGGCUAGGAUUUCCACUUGUCUUUAUAUUUACUUAGUAAAAGGUGUCUGUGACUAUUCACUUUCAGAGAAAGAAGAAAAGCAGAGGAGAGAAUCCACGUCUUCAAGAGGCUAAGGGACAGAGCAUUGAAAUGGCCUGGAAAGUGUUCAGAAUUAACAGCAGCAAGUCAAAUGUUCACCUGGGACUCAACUGGGAAGAAACAAAAGAAAAAUCAAUAUGCAGUCAAAGAACGGCCUCAUUUUUCUAGAAGGUGACCCUCCAGAAGAGUCCCAAGGAAGCUCUCUCUUAGCAACAGCCCUGAAGUUCCAGAAACUGUCCUAAACCCUGCUGGUCAGCUCUAGCUUCUGUCUGGGAAUCAGACUUGUUGCCGAGUCUUCAUCCCAGGGAAAUGCAUGCGGCAGUGGUGGCAGCAGACGUGCUACUGCUCCUAAGCAUGGGGUGGACCUCAGACUGUCUCUGCUCACCCACCAUUUUUUACAGAGACUGCUGGAUCCGUCGCUUCCCAGGUCUUCUAAUUGACCUUGAGGAGUCUCAGAAGCUGGGAGCUCAGUUCUUAAAGUAUUAUUCUGAAAGCACUGGCCAGAAAUGCAGUAGAAGCUGCUGUCUUAGGAAGGAUGUUUCCUGUAACCUGGCUGUCUUCUACCACGAUCCCAUUCAUGAUAAUGUCAACUGCCUCCACAUUCACUGCCCAACACUGGAGAGCUGCAUAUUAGAGCCCGGAUCCAGUGCCAUUUUAUACAACAUAACAGACGGUAUAGAUCCAGAUUUGCUGGUUUUUGGACAAUCACUUCCCACAUAUCUACAUACCCGUUCUUCAUCUAAUACCUGGGACAGACUAAGGAUUUUAAAAGCUAUGAAUUUAGAUAAACAACGAACCACCAUGAGAAACCAAAUGUUACCAUCAAUAGAGGCUCCAUCAUCAACCACACAUCAAGAUUUGGUUGCAAACACAAACAAUAUCAGGUAUUCCAAGAAAUUAACCACAGAUGCUUGGGCAAGAUUCAUUUCCCUGAAUGACUCCAUUACCACAGAGGUCAAUAUGGUGCCAUCCCGUACUGAUUUCAUCAACAACACAGACAACAAGACUAUUUCUCCUUUCUUUGUGCCCAUAGACACAAAACUUUCUCAUAUGCCUACUCCAUCCCAACUCAACAGUAGCAAACAACUACUGAACAAAACCAAGGGGUACAACAGCAGAAACCGUACAUCUGGGAAUGAGGAUGAAACACCUGAUGGGGCAUCUGUGACUUCAAAGACAUGGCUGGUUCCUGUGGUCCUCAGUACCUCUGUCAUCUUUCUUUGCUGUUGUACAGUCACCCUGGCAUCUGGAUGCUUUCGCAAGCAGCAGGGCCAGUACAAACCAGGACAGAGAAGUCAGCAUCCAGGCAAAUUACAAAAUGUGACAUCCUGAAGGAGAACUCUUAAUAGUAAAGGUUGUAGAGACUAUAAGCUUUCAAGAGUCUCAUUUUUAGUUUUCUAUAAGACAAGGGAAGUUUGGUUAAAAAAAUAAUCGUACAGGAUGCCGCUCCUACCAAUCUCUAAAAAAUGGCCAAUGCUUGAUACAUAUAACUGCUUUUUUGAUUAUAUGUUUUUUUGGAAUAGGGUACCCUCUGCCAAAUUUCCAAAAUUCUGACCCCUGCAGUUAAUUAGCACUGAAUGAGAGGCGUAGUUCUAAGUGCUGCACGUGUAUUAACUCACUGAAUUCUUACAACUCCGUGAGUUAGGUAAACUAUUAUCAACCAUUACACUAUUACUAUCACAUGUUACAGAUGAGCAAACUGAGGAGAAGAGAAGCUAAGAAUCUUACCGAAAGUCCACAGCUACUAAGUAGUGGAGCCAGGACUUAACAGAAAAUCUGCUUCAAAAGUCCUCACUCAAAACCACCAUUAUACUAAAAGCCUCCGUUUUCCCAAUAGGCAUGGAAGAAAGAUACACGGAGGAAAACAUCAUAAUAUAUUUGUCUCCCAUCAAGGUCAAAUUAUUGACACUUAAUAAAAUCUUUUAGUGAUUUGAGCAAAAGAGCACUAUAAAUUAUUACUGUUACUAAUCCAUAGCAAAUGUUUCCUGAUUUUUUAUACACUUUUCUAUGUUUGUUUGGUUAAUCCUUCUCCAGCCUAAUCCAUCAUCUUCAUUUCCUAAAGCCGACAUGCCUUUCAAUAAUUAUGGCACUGACAUCUUUGAGUUUUGUGUU